GAACUGGUUUCUAAAGGACUACAGUUAACAAACUUGUGUUACCCCAUAAAGAUGUCCAUGGAUGGGGGUUGAUGGAAAAAGACAAAACCAAGAAGUAUUAUAGAUUCAAAUGAUAGGAGAUCUGAUGAAUUGGUGGCAAUGGCAUGCCUUGGUUUAGGCCUCUAAAUAUUCAAGUUGCAGUCGGCGUUAGAAUCAAUGGUGAAGCCCAAGGAGACUCCACAUACACCUGGCAGGGAGGCAAUUGCAGUGGCAUUGGGAUUCAUGGUGAACCAAGGUAUGGGGCUGGUGAAGCAAAGUUGAUGAAGGCGGCGCAUGUAGAGACCAACCCUGUCACGGCUGUGCAGUCAUCUGUGGCAGUGGCAGCAUCAAGAGAUGUUGCCCAUAAGAACAAGAUCAACAACGCUACCAUCAGUUUAGGCUCCCCCAUUUUUUUUAUUCAAGCAGGGUUGUCUCUUUGGACCCCUUUCAAGUGUAUAAAAUUUAUAGCGAGAUCUGAGAUGGGUUGGUGUGCAGUGAAGAACUUUUCCAAAAGCAUUGCACCAAGAAGUCCAAAAAGAGCACCAGAGGCACUAACAGAGAUGCUGUUUUUGGAAAUAGAAAUGAAUGACACCGGCAUGCAACCAGAUGCAGGUAAUAAGCCUCCAUCCAUCCUUGAUGAUCAUGCAUAGCACUGGUCCACUCGAGCGCCCAACUUCUCCAGUCUUCAAAAAUAGAUUUAUCUAAUUUUGUUUCUGACACAUUAGAGGGUUUAGCCAUUUGUAUUUUAAUGACUUUCAUUUUUUUAUUUUGGAGGGACAUGGCCCCCUUAAUACAUAAUUCUGUUUUUGGUUUAGCUAUCUGUCAUUAUAAAGGUUUGAUAUUCUAAACUUGACUCCAAAUUAAGGUUUUCAAUUUAGUAAAUACCAACUCAAAUAGAUAUUUACUACAACCUCAAUUUUCAAGGUUGAAGAUGGACAGGAUGGCUAAAAUGUUCUUAUAAACCCUACUUUUCUUGGCAACCAAACAUAGGGUAAGAUUAGGACUUGGGAAUACAUUGUUUUGAUGGUGAUUACUAUGUUCUAGUAUCUAUGAGGGAGUUAUAGACCUGGAUAAUUAAAUACUUAUAGUUGUCCUUUUUGUACCUGGAGCACCGUGAAAUUGGUGUUUGAUGACUUGCAACCACGCUUCCAUCCAGACAUGGAACUUCGGAAUCUUCUACAGAAAAAGUCUCCACAAAAGACAUAGUAGCACGAGUCCCUCCAUCUUCAUCCUCGAGCAAUGACUUUCUGUAAGUUGAAGACAUAACCCACCCCUUGGCUACGGUAAUAAAAAUGAUUUUCUCGAACCUUGUUUCUAGAAGGAGUUCAUUGUAGACAUACUUCACGAUUGUUGUUUUACCAACACCACCAAUGCCACAAAAUCCAAUUAAACUAAAUUCAUCUCG